CGUUUUGUAACUUGACUAUGGAAUGUGCUCAAGUGUGUAUAUAAAGUGGGUUGUUAGCUUUAACAGCAAAUAUUAGGCAGGUUUACUAGCUUAAGUUUCAGUACAUGUGUAUAAUACUGAAAACUGUGCCUGUCAAUUCACAACACAUUCUGGUUUUGAAAUCACAAAUUGUAUUUCAUUAAAGGAAUCUAAAUAAUAGCGAAAACACUACUAUUUAAUAGAAGACAGUUCUCAACGCAUUUUGAACAUGGCAACUUUUGUAGAUUCAGUUCAUAAAUCUUCAGAUUCAGUGAAGGACUAUUUGUGUAGCCCUUGCGAAAGUAAAAAUAUAGAAGCAAGUGCUGAAAUGUUUUGUGAAACAUGUUUGAAGUGUUUUGUGAAGAAUGCCUUCAUCAUCAUGAUCAUAUAUUUGUAAACCAUUUGAAAUGUGGAAGAGGAGAAACAAACAAAUGGCCUUUAACAAAGGCAAUCGAGGAUUUGCUACUGAAAUGCGAUGUUCACAACAACAAGAAACUGAAAAUGUUCUGCCAGGACCACAGUCAGCUGUGCUGCUCUGAUUGUGUUUUACUGACUCACAGACAAUGUACCCAUUUGGCUCCUAUUUCUGAAUCAGUCAAAAAGCUGUCAGUGGAUAUAAAGCAGUUGUCAAACAAAAUUCAAACAAUUCUUGCUGAAAUAAAUCACUUAAAGAGAACACAGAGGACAGCAUACAGUCAGUGGAGGGAUCAUAUAAUGAAAAACUGCAAGAAAUCAGAGACGUGCGUAAGAAAUUAAAUGCUGCUUUGGAUGAACUAGAAAAAACUACUUUGAAAGAAUUGGAUGAAAUAAGGACCACAUUGCAAAUCUCUCUUAAGAAAGAUGUUGACAACUGCAGCAGACUGAAGAAUGAACUCCAACAACUCAGUGAAGCUGUACAGGGCCUUUGUGAUAAGAGCAAGAAAGAAAUGGAGUUCAUAGCCAGCAGGAAAUGCUUGGACAAAAUACACGAGUCUAAGACAUACCUAAGGGAAAACCCUGUGAAGGUUCAGAGUUCACUGAUAUUCCAGGCAAACACUGACAUUGAGCUGUACCUGUCUCAGAAGUCUAGUCUAGGGAGGAUUGUAGACAGUAUGCAGUAUCUCACACUCAAAAUGAUUUCCAAUAAGGUGAUGACUGUGAAGAGGAAGUCUGAGUAUAAUGUGAAAAUACCAAGUGACAAAGAUCAGAUUUGCUCUAUCACAGGCAUUUGCAGCCUGCCUAGUGGUCAUGUCAUUAUUGCAGAUUACAAAAAUAAGCAAGUGAAACUGUUGGACAAAAGUUACAAUGUGUCCAGUCACUGGGAUGUCAGCACUGAUGUGUCUAGUUUUCCAUGUGACUUUUGCCAGAUCACAUCCAGUGAGGUGGCUGUAACUCUUGAUACUGCAGGUGUGCAGUUUAUCUCUAUUAGAAAUGGGCAGCUGGUGAAUGGCAGGAAGUUACAGUUACCACAUAAUGCUGUUGGUAUUGCCCACCAACAGGGAGCAUUGUAUAUCACCUCUCGCACUGCUCUCUACCACUACACACUGACUGGGACACAUGUGAAAAAGCUUUAUGAGGAUACAAGAGGAAGUUGCACAGUGUUCAAAUGUGCACUAAGUCCUGAUGGUGAACAGAUCUUUGUCACUAACUACACAUACAACAAGCUCUUCACACUGGCCAAAAAUGGAGCCCUACUUUCGACCUUCACUAACUCUGAUCUACAGCAGCCAUAUGGUCUACAUGUAACACCUACUGGACAGGUCCUUGUUUGCGGGUUCACCUCCAAUACUGUGAUACAGGUGAAUCAUAAGGGAAAAAAGAAGCUGGCAACUCUUGCUUCAAAAGAUGGAGUGAGCAAACCAGUGUCUGUCUGCUACAAUACCAACACUGACCAGGUCAUUGUGGGAUUAGAUGAUAACAAUAAAAUGAUUGUUAUGGACUUGCAAUAGGUCUUCAAGUGGAGAAAAACAUUGAUAUAAACACUGUUAAAAAGUAAUAUUUCCAUUUUUCUGUGACUGUUAAUUAAGUCAAGGCAUUUUAUAUCUAGGUAUGAAGAAGAGCAUAUUUAUAGAGUUUAUAAAUAUUUUAUAAUUAGCAAUUGAAUAGAUCUUAAAAAAAAGAAGAUAUUUUAAUGCACCCAAGAUAGCACCAGUUGAAACAAGCACAUAUGACAUCUAUCUAUGUUGAUGCUGAUAAGCAAUUUUGUCUGGCUUCAUGUCAGGUGUUGUUUGUCACAAAACAAUUGCUAUAAUUACUGUAACAUAUUAUGUGUUUUAUGAUAAUAAAUUAUUGAGAUGUAUUAAUAUUUGAGUAUAUGUGCCAUUUUCGUAUGUGCGCCUUUCAUAGCCUAUUGAAGCCCUUCUACUCCAAAGCUAAUGUUUUAGAAGAACAUAUUCGGGAAUUCAAAAAAUUGUUACAAUUAAUUGGACACAUUUCUUGAAAAUUAAAUUGCAUCAUGUGUAUAUUUUUAAUGUACUAAUGAAUCAAAGUAUGGAGGUUUAUGUAAUCACUUUAGUAAUACUUU